AUGCCACUUACUUUAGUAUAUGGAACUCUUGAUGUUUGUGCAGAAGGUUUUAUGUACUUCAGUAAAAUGCUUGGGAAUAAACAAUACUUUCCAAAGGGAGCAGCUCAAAUAAGCAGAAACAGACUUUUUAGUCAAUAUCAUGCCCAAUACCCACAACAUGAGAAGGAUACAUUGACAAAUGACCCUAUCAACAAUAUUUGCAAAGCUAGAGUUCUUUUUGUCACUGUUGCAUUUGGUAUUGGUGUUGACUUACCUUGCAUAAGGCAAGUCAUUCAUAUCGGGGUGCCACGGACAAUGGAGGAAUACUUCCAGGAAAUUGGUCGUGCUGGUCGGGAUGGUUUACCUGCUGUUGCGACAAUAUAUUACAAUUGUUACGAUUUAAAAUCAGGCAAGAGUUCUGUUGAUCCUGUUAUGAAGGAACUUGCCUCUGGCGAUGGGUGCAAAAGAAAGUUAAUUUUAAGUUAUUUUGGCCAUGAACUAAUUCGUGCAAACACUACGACGAUCCAUACAUGCUGUGACAAUGAUGCUGCCAAAUGUGAAUGUGAUGACUGUCUUAGCAGAUCCCUUGCAUUGGAGAUGCAAGAUGCAACUGUUGAAGACAAUAUUACCUCCGAUGACUCUUCGGAAAAUCUCGACUUGUCCAUUACAGUUUUUCAGAAAAACAAGAUACGCGAAGCUCUCAGGAAGCAUAUGGAAACGUUAUACUUUGGUCCAUCAUGUGUUGGUGGUGUAUCUUUGGCAACUGGCUUUACAACUGAUUUAAUUGAUAAGACCAUUGAGAACUCGGAGCAUUUGACAUCUGUUGAGGCUGUGGAAAAUCUCCUACCUGUGUUUUGCAAUGAAAAUGCAAAAGUCAUCUACGAUAUUGUUACAAGAUUUUCUUCAUGA